AUGCCAAGUGUCAGCGGUAAGCUCCUCGUGCGGGCUACGCCAAGUGUCAAUGUCGAGCUGAUGGAGAAGGGAAAGUUUGAUGACAAUAACACAUCACGAACUUUGGUUCCGGUUGGUGACCCUAAGGAAGUUGUUGAGAUUGUUCAUGAAAAUAAAACGACAAAUACUGAAGGGGUGAAUCAAGGCAUUUACUUCAGCUACCCAUGUCGACGUCACAGCUGUGCUUUAGUAAACAUUCCAGCACCAUGUGUCAACAAAAUGAUUUCACACAUUGAAGAUGUGGAGUCUAAAAUACAGGAGCAUGUGAAACAGUUUGAAACUUCUUUUGAAGAAUGGAGCAGAACUUCUACAAAAGACCUGAAAGAUUGGAGUAUUGCUACAUCAGAGAAAGAGGUCAAACCUGAAGAAGAGAGAGUUGAAAAGUGUUCAGAAUUAAAGCAGGAAAUGGAAACAUUGCUAUCAGAGGCCAUUCAUCUCAUUAAAAGUCUAGAAACUGACCGUGCAGAAGCCGAAGAAGCUUUAAAAGAACAACAAUCAAGAAGAAAACAGAUAAACGGAAAAAUUGAUUCUUGGUCAAUCUGGAGACUUCAAGAAAUCCCAUUUGCUGUGCAGAAAGAACAUGAGACCUAUUUGAGAGACAUUAUAGAAUUACGAUGCCAUCUCGAAGAUAAAGGUCAUCAACUAAAACAUUUGGAGAAACAAAAAGCAAAAUUAGAAGAAGCUAAUGGAAAGCUUCAAGUAGACAUUGACUACAUGAAUAAAUAUGGUCCUCUACUGAAUUCAAAGUGGAACCAGGAACUUGAAGCUCUGAAAGAAUUUUAUAAAAAAAAAAUUGAGGUAAUGGGACUAUACAAACAAGUUCAAGAAGAACUUAAAGAAGCUAUAGGAAACUGUGAAAAUGCCAAAUUGAAAGCUAAAAAAUUUAGAGAAGACAUGGAAAAAGAUAUUAAUAAUGAUAAAAUAAACAUAGACACCUACAAGAAAGAGAUAGAAAACAUUAACAAUUUAUGUAACUACUACAGUAAAUUAAUACAAAAUGUUAAUGUUACUAUUGAGGAGAAUGAAGAGGCAGUGACUGAAGCAUUGAAGGAAACAAAGACAUCAAAAGACGAAUUAUCUGCUUUAUCUAAAGUGCUAGCUGACUUGAAAAAAGCUUAUGAUCAACUAGCCUACAGGAAAAAAAGUUGUGAAAGUGAAUAUUUGGAAGCAUUUAAUGAUUUUUAUACUAAAAAAAAAAUAUGGGAUACUGAGCUUUCUAAUAUCACAAAAGAUUUUUCAGCUAUUUCAGAAGCAUAUACUCAAUUGAUGGAAGAAAAUAAAAAAAUUGUGAUGGAUAUUGAAACCAUAUCAAAUUUAAUCAAUGACAGUGUAAGGAAAAAAUCAGUGCUUGACUCUGAAAUUCAAUCUUUGAGGAAACUGAAGUCAAAAAAUGAUGACUAUCUUAAACAACUAUACAAGGAAUCCUAUAACAUUGGUGCUAUUUUCCACAUAACCAAAUUUAAAACAGAAGAAUUAGAAGAGAAAAUAGCAGAAGUGAGAAGAAAAUUCAGGGGUAGAGAAGAGUUCUUGAAAAGACAAACUCGAGGUGAAGUGGCUAAUGGAAUGUUGAUUCAGAAAAGACUGUAUAGUGUUCAAGAAGAACUGACACUUGAGAAGCAAGACCUUUUGAAAAAGAAAGCAAUAUAUUCCCAAAUACUGGCAGAAAUAGAGGCACCUUUGCUUCAAAUGGAAGAAGAUGCAGAAAGAAUGAAAACCGUCCACGAAGAACAUUCUGACGUACUAUCUCAUAUAAUCAAGAAGAGAAAGUACGUUCAAAAAAAAGUGAAAAAAACAAAGAAAAAUUUGCGAAGAAAAGGGAGGGAAACCCAAGAAGCACUAAUAGAAGCUAAGGAAAAAUGCUCAAUAAUUUUUAACGAAAUAAAGACUGCUAAAAGUAAAACAGUUGUUUAUCAAGAAAAAAUAAGUAAGUUGAAUGAGAACCUAGAUGAAAAAGAAAAGGAAAAGAAACAUUUUGAACAGAUACUUAACAAUUUAAAGGAACAAUUUUUAACUGUCAGAUUUAAAAAGGAAAACGCACAAGCUGUGCAUGAUCAUCUCAUAAGUGAGCAAAAAGCCUGUAGAGAGAGAAUAUCUGAGGAAGAGCAGAGAUUUACAACUCUUGUUGCCAUGAGGCAAAAAACUCUGAAAGAUAUUAAAAAACUACAAGUUGUUUCAUUAGAAGAAAAUCUACGUUUAGCUCGAGAGUAUCAGAAAUUACAGACGACUUUCUUAACAGAAAAAGACAAUUAUUUCAAUCUAUAUGAUAAACAGUUAUCACUUGAUGCUUCAAUUAGAGAUAAGAAACAGCUCUGUCAGCUGCAAAGAAGGAUACACAAGGUAUGGCAGAAGUACUUCGAACUGGUGGUCCUCUACAGCCAGAUGAGGCUGGCCAAGUUCCAGACAGACUCUCAAGAGAGCAUUCAGAAAAUAUUAGCUGUGCAGGAGGAAUCUUCAAAUUUAAUACAACAUAUCGUAGAUUUCUUCCAGACUUUGUCAGAUGGCUCAUGUGAAAAUGAUGGUUAAGCAAACAACCAAUGUAUCUUGGAUGCCUAAAUAAAAGACAAGAAGAGUUGCACAGUUCAGAUAACAGUGUAAUUGGACAUUCACCUGUUUGCCAUUUCACACUUCCACGGACGAAAAACUCACUCACCUCCCAGCAUGCUUUGCCACUCUUUUACUUACAGCAAAUCCAUAACAAUGAAACAGGUGACUUUCAUGCUGCUGUCAGGAACGAUCUAAUUUCAGCUCUGGGUGACUGAUUGCAAUUGGCUUUGCCUCAUCUGAUAAUUAAUCUAUGUCACCAUUAAUUGGAAGAGAGAAUAAUUACUGGCAGUGUUGACAGUGACUGUUCGCUUUCCCAGAUUUCCCCAUCGUGUUGGCCCAAAUAAAGGCUUUGCGAUUCAGUACUUAAAGUUUGUGUAAACUGUAACAAUACCUAUGCCCAUGUGACACUUUCAGACACUCUGUCUAAUGUACUUUUGUUUUUUUGUUUACCAAUCUUUUUUAGCUCACUGAGAGCUGUCUCUCUCAAUCACUCCUCAAUGUUCUAUCUUAAUUUUGUGGAAGUUUAAAGUUUUCAAUGAGCUGGAGAUGAAUGAUUAAUGAAUAAAUUUAAAUGCUUCAUUUUGUCCA